AUGAUGCUUUUCGCUUUAUUCUUUGUUUUUGGCUCGAAACUCGCCAGCGCUGCGAUCACGGACACCAAUUGCACGGAUGGAACGAAUUGGGUCGCUUCUGCUUUCAACUGUGACGAUGUGCAAGCGUCGGCUUUUUGCACAAAAACCUAUGCCAUAGGAUCGAAUCCCGCGCCGGCUGUCGGAAAUGCGAAUGAGAGAGUAACAACGUGUUUCUCGUCCGACGGUACCGCUGUCGAUCCGGCAAUGCGUGAUGGCGCGGUUGCCACUUGUCCAAAAACUUGUGGCUAUUGUUGUAUCACGCCGGCAUUCACUUGCACGAAUAAAGAGUUUCCUCGUGUCAACUGCAAGACGGUUACCCAAAAGCAGUGCACUGACUCAAAAUGGAGAGAAAUCCUCGCCGACGAUUGCCCCAACGUUUGCGGUUUCUGUUUGGAUGGUGGUUGUGUGGAUGCGGCGAUCGAAUGCGCGAACGAUGUGUCGAUUUGUCGAAACGUGGACACACAAGAUUUCGUCAAAAUCAAUUGCAAGAAGACCUGUGGAUAUUGCACAUCGUCGACGACUGGCACCGCGGGCACUGGAUCGACGCGUUCCUCGUGCACCGAUGAUGCAAAAUGCUCCUCGUGGAUUGCAAAUGGCUUCUGCACUUCGUCUUUCUACACCGAGGACGUGAAACGCUACUAUUGCCCGAAAGCGUGCGGGAAAUGC